UUCGCUCGCUCCUUGCUAUUUGGAAUCGAUUGGAGAGUGUUAGCAGAUAGAUCAGGAAGUGGGAUGGCGCGCACCAAGCAGACUGCUCGCAAAUCUACCGGUGGCAAGGCUCCGCGCAAGCAGCUUGCCACCAAGGCCGCCAGGAAGUCGGCGCCAGCGACCGGAGGCGUGAAGAAGCCCCACAGGUAUCGUCCGGGCACCGUCGCGCUUCGCGAGAUCCGGAAGUACCAGAAGAGCACGGAGCUGCUCAUCCGGAAGCUGCCAUUCCAGCGGCUGGUGAGGGAGAUCGCGCAGGAUUUCAAGACGGAUCUUCGGUUCCAGAGCUCGGCGGUGAUGGCGCUCCAAGAGGCGGCCGAGGCGUAUCUCGUUGGUCUGUUUGAGGACACCAAUCUUUGCGCGAUCCACGCCAAGAGGGUGACGAUUAUGCCCAAGGACAUCCAGCUUGCUCGCCGGAUCAGAGGCGAGAGGGCGUGAUGUGGUCGAUGAUAAGAUCUUAACUCUUGUUCUAGCAUUUCAAGUAAAUAUAUAUCUUCUAUC